AUGAUCUCCGGAGCUGGCGGAUCUGUGCAGGCCCUCUCAGGGUUUUAUUAUUACAUCGCUUUUGUUAUAAUUGUAGCUAACCGGUUAAUUUUCAAUUAGUCUAUAGCCUAAUUGAGUUACGCAUUCGGUAUACUGCCGACGAACCCAGUUUAGGAGUGAUUCAUCAAUGCCUAUUCAUCGGCAUAUUAGUGCCUAGCUGCAAGCCAAUUUAGCUCUUGAAGAUAACUUAAAGGCUACUGGAAAAGACUGACUUGUAAUUUCCGUGUGUUCAGGUCAGCAACGUACAUUUAAUCUAGCCAACAUCUGCCGAAAAUGCAUCGGUUACCAUCUUCAGCAAAUCGGUCCUUGAUAGCAGGAGCUGUGGAACAGUAUCGCGCUUUGGUGAUGCGACCAAAGUCUCAAACAAUCCGUAAAGAGUCUGUGAGAUUCAAGACUCAAGGGCCCAUGGAAUCCUAUGGGCUGAAGCGUUAUAGCACAGCAGAGGCAACCGUGGCCGCAACAAGCAAAAUUCGAGAGAAGACCCUGACGAUGGAGACUCUGAAUCCGCAGGUGAAAGCUGUGGAGUACGCCGUGAGGGGGCCGAUUGUCAUGAAGGCUGACGAAAUCGAGAAGUGCUUACGCGAGGGUGGAAAGCAACCUUUCACUGAGGUGAUCAAGGCAAACAUUGGAGAUGCCCAUGCCAUGGGACAGCAGCCAAUUACCUUUCUUCGUCAGGUUGUGGCUCUCUGCACAUUCCCCGAGCUGAUGGACAGUCCCAGUUUCCCAGAGGAUGCCAAGGCGAGGGCACGCCGGAUCCUGAAAGGGUGUGGAGGAACUAGUCUUGGGUCCUACUCUGCAAGUCAGGGAGUGGAGUGCAUCAGGCAGGACGUGGCUGCCCACAUUGAGCAAAGGGACCAUGGCGUGCCGGCUGACUCGGAAAACAUCUUCCUCACCACUGGAGCCAGUGACGGCAUUGUGAGCAUUCUGAGGAUGUUGGUGUCGGGCCAGGGAGCCUCACGCACCGGCGUUAUGAUCCCGAUCCCCCAGUACCCCCUGUAUUCUGCAGCCAUCGCCGAGAUGGAGGCUGUGCAGAUCAGUUACUACUUAGACGAGGCCAACUGCUGGGCCCUGGACAUUAAUGAGCUUCACCGGGCCUACCAGGCAGCCAAGGAGCACUGCCAGCCAAGGGCCAUCUGCAUUAUCAACCCUGGAAACCCCACCGGUCAAGUUCAGAGCAGGAAGUGCAUUGAGGAGGUGCUCCAUUUUGCCUAUGAAGAAAAUCUUUUUGUCAUGUCUGAUGAGGUAUACCAGGACAAUGUGUACGCACCGGGGUGCGAGUUUCACUCGUUCAAGAAGGUUCUGUUCGAGAUGGGGCCUGAGUACUUUAACAACGUGGAGCUGGCCUCCUUUCACUCCACCUCCAAAGGUUACACAGGAGAGUGCGGUUUCCGAGGAGGUUACAUGGAGGUCCUGAAUUUGGACCCGGAGGUGAAGGCCCAGCUGGUGAAGCUGCGCUCGGUGCAGUUGUGCCCCCCUGUGUCUGGGCAGGCCGCCAUGGACGUCAUCGUCAACCCUCCGCGGCCGGACGAGCCCUCGUUCAGCCGCUUUCAACAGGAGAAGACAGCUGUGCUGGGUGCUUUGGCAGAGAAAGCCAAGCUAACGGAGGAGACUCUGAACUCGGUCCCAGGUAUCCAGUGCAAUCCUGUCCAGGGUGCCAUGUAUGCCUUCCCACAGCUCUUCAUCCCACCCAGAGCAGUGGAGCAGGCCAAGGCCUUGGGAAUGCAGCCAGACAUGCUGUACUGCUUAAGGCUCCUGGAAGAGACUGGAAUCUGCCUGGUCCCAGGGAGUGGCUUUGGGCAGAGGGAUGGCACCUACCACUUCAGAAUGACUAUUCUCCCAUCAAAAGACAAGUUAAAGGUGUUGUUGGAUAAUGUACGUGACUUCCACAUCAAGUUCUUGAAGGAAUAUGGCACAUUGGAGGUGCCAAGAGGAUGAACUCUUAACACACACACACACACACACACUCUCACUCUCUCUCUCUGACAGACACACACAGAAAGAGAGAGAGGAAGAGAGACCUGUUGUCUAGAACGAUCGGGCCAGUUACAGCUUUUGGAUUCUUUACACGCUAAGUUCAUGUCAGUGUUGAAAUCUCAAAAUCUGCCCCCGUUUUGGUUUUCUCCGUAAGAUGUUGAAGACUGGUCACCAUGUUUGGGGUGCUUGUGCCUUUGUGAGGCCAUGAAGGUUGGGGUGAGUUGUCAUGGUGAUGGGUGGGACUCAUUUAUUGUUGUAUGACUAGAGCUUGCCUGCUCUUUUUCAUGUUAAAGGAGCAUGGGAUACAUAUUGAUACAUAAGCUUUAUCAGUCAUUGUUUUAUAUUGGUUUGUGUCUAAGUUUUUGUUUGUCUCUUCUCAUUUGGUCAUCAGGCCAGGUUUCCUUUUUUUUUAACCACCCUGCUUCGUUAAUCUCCCAUAAUGAGGACCAAACUGAAGUUUGACCCCUUGAUCUGUUCUUUCGGAACUGUUGGGAGCAUAUGCCUGUGUUGGUUGUUCUGAACAGUAGGGAACAUCAGCCUGUGUUGGCUGUUCUGAGAUAAAGGAAUUUCAAUAUCACUUUUGCUGAGGCAAAAGAGAAACGUUUGAGCUAAUGUUGCUGCUGUUUUGCACAAAAAAAUGGGUACAUUUCUGUUGGGCACUGGGUGAGCUCAAAGGUCUCCAAUGGAAUUUAACAUGAAUGAACAGUUCCUUCUUCUGUAGACAUUCAGUCAUGCUUUCUAUCAUAGGCUACUAAUGUUUGGAAGUUCUAAUUCAUUCAUUCAAAGUAUUAAUUAGUGUAUAGUUUGCAGAGGGAAUACAUUAGUAUAGUCACUUCAUUGUGUGAAGUAAGUUUGAGUCUUCUCUACUUUUACUUUUUUUAUAUAUAUAAACAUUCUGCAGCAACUAUGACAUUAAUAGGGCAGAAACAGCUUCCUGGCCUGUUACCUCUACUGUCUGAAAACAAUGUUCUUUGACUGCCUUUUCUUUCUGUUUUGUGUGUGAACGGGUAGCUGAUACAAUUUGAUUUUACCUGCAGAAAUAAAGUGCUUUUUUUUAACUAACCAGGGAAAUGAAAGUGUGCACAAGUUGAUGAAUUCUAUUCAAGUGAUAAUUAAUAUAAGAAACAAAUCACUGGACAAUUUCAGUGCCAAAGUAACAUUUGUGCUUUUGUCAGCUUUUGUUUUACAUUCUUUCUGAUAGAUGUGCCUUCAACUUAAGGAUUUGCAGUAAUUCGUUAACUUUAGGCUGUCAGUUUUGUUUACAUAAGGGUGGAAUGUACAUGUGCAUAUAAUUAGUUGGAUUUAUUUAUUUGCAUGAAUACUUUUUAACCAUUGCAGCAACGCACACUUUCACAGGAAGGAAUACUGCAUCCUUCUGUUUCUGUAACCUUCUGUCAUUGUUAUUUACUUGUGUUUGAGGCAAUGUUGGACAUUGUAUAAUACUGAAGAUUUGCUACUGACUUGCCUACUAAUAUACUUGCUUUUCUCAUUCAACUGCAAGACUGUUAAACAUUGAUUUGUUUUCAAAUGUCAACUUUUUUUUCCAGAGGGUCUUCAAUUUGUUUUGUACAAUUUAAUAAAUUCAAGCUGUCAUAUA